GCUCAAGAGCUGACACACCGGACGCUCACGUCCUCCGGACCUGAAGAGCUGGAACUGAUGCAGAUGCUGAUGUUGCUGCCAUUUUAUGCGCUGACGCUGCCUUUGGCGUACGCAGCUUGUGAAGGAGAUUGUGUGACAGAGGAUGCAGCACACGAUGGAGCUGCUUACAUGCUCGAGCACAAAUCUCAAAAGGUGGAGCGAAUUGAGAAGGAGAAGAAGUGUGUGGUCACUGGGCGGUAUCACUAUCCCAAUAUGGAAGGUAAGCGUGUUGAGGUCAGCAAUUGGCAGCACUGCCAAUCGGUUUGCCGCGUCACUGCGGGGUGCAAGUACUUCUCGUUUUGGCCUGAUCAAGGGUGCCAACUUCAAUCUGAACCCAAGGAGUAUCGCCAUGUGGAGAACAAGGCAUAUGAAGGGGUCAUGUCUGGACCAGCCAUUUGUCCAGGUGAUGAGGAGCUUGGUUCCAUGGGAUUCGGCGGAUCCAAUUUCUUGGACUCUUCGACACUCUAUUGCCUGAAGAAUUCCAAGGAUGCGUGUUGCAGCUGUGGCGUUUGCUGUUUGCCUUUCUGUCAUGCAGACACCAACAAGUGGACCACUCGCGAUGGCUGCCCGAAUGCCGCUACAGGCUUUUGUGACGCCAAACAAUUCUCAAUUCCGCCCACGUGUUAGGGCGGAACAUGAAUUAUACGCAAAGCCGUAUUAAUUGAAUAGAAAUUAAUAUACGAAUCAUAUGGAA